AUGACCAACUACAACUAUAUAAUUAAGUACAUAAUUGUCGGGGACACAGGUGUUGGAAAGUCAUGUUUACUUUUGCAAUUCACUGAUCACCGCUUUCAUGCUCAACAUGAAUUGACUAUCGGCGUUGAAUUCGGUACACGAUUCGUCAACGUGGACGGAAAACAGAUCAAGCUACAGAUAUGGGAUACAGCUGGACAAGAGAACUUUCGCAGUAUCACGCGGAGUUACUAUCGAGGAGCUGCUGGUGCACUGAUUGUGUACGACAUCACACGAAGAGAUUCGUUCAAUAAUAUUCCAACUUGGCUUGAAGAUGUUCGCAAAAAUGCAAAUCCAAAUACUACAAUUAUGCUCAUCGGCAACAAGUGUGAUCUGGGUGGAAAGCAGCGACAGGUUUCCAAGGAAGAAGGCGAGAAAUUUGCUAGAGACAAUGGCAUCAGCUUUUUUUUGGAAGCGUCAGCAAAGUCGGCCGAGAAUGUCGAAGAAGCCUUUGUACAAACUGCUAGAGAUGUACACGACAAGAUCAAUAAUGGUGUGUUUGAUGUUGCAAACGAUACUGGUAUCAAGCUGGCUGCCAAAUCGAGCCAGAUGCCCGAUGAUGCUCAAGGUGGUGCGUGCUGCUGA